AAUAAUUUACUACACAAAUUUUUUCCUUCGCAUGGCGACUGCGGAGGUGUGGAAGAAGCCCUCGCCGGGUCGAGGCGGCGUCGCGCUGCCGGCCGGUAUGACAGAGGAGGAGGCCCGCGUCCGAGCCAUUGCGGAAAUAGUCUCCUCCAUGGCAGAGCGCUCACGCCGAGGUGAAACCGUAGACCUAAAUGAGCUCAUCCGCACCGCUUCGGGCAUAGCCGUCGUGGCUGUAAUGUCGAAGCCUCAUCGAUGCCCUCACAUCGCCACAACGGGCAAUAUCUGCGUGUAUUGCCCCGGUGGCCCGGACUCCGAUUUUGAGUACAGCACUCAGUCCUAUACCGGUUACGAGCCCACCAGCAUGAGAGCCAUCCGUGCUAGAUACAACCCAUAUGUCCAAGCUAGAAGUAGAAUUGAUCAGCUCAAGAGGCUGGGUCAUAGUGUGGACAAGGUGGAGUUCAUUUUGAUGGGGGGAACCUUUAUGUCUUUGCCUGCAGACUAUCGAGAUUAUUUUAUUAGAAAUCUCCAUGAUGCGCUGUCUGGACAUACUUCCAUGAACGUUGAGGAAGCAGUCAGCUAUUCGGAACAUAGUGCUAUUAAAUGUAUUGGCAUGACAAUUGAAACAAGACCUGAUUAUUGUUUGAGCCCUCAUUUGCGCCAAAUGCUUUCUUAUGGCUGCACUCGGUUGGAGAUAGGAGUUCAAAGCACAUAUGAAGAUGUAGCUCGUGACACAAAUAGAGGCCAUACGGUUGCUGCUGUGGCUGAUUGCUUUUGCUUAGCUAAGGAUGCUGGCUUUAAGGUUGUUGCACACAUGAUGCCUGAUCUUCCAAAUGUUGGUAUUGAAAGAGAUUUGGAAAGUUUCCGUGAAUUUUUUGAUAGCCCAGCUUUUAGGGCAGAUGGUCUCAAAAUUUACCCAACGCUCGUAAUUCGUGGAACUGGCCUUUAUGAGCUUUGGAAAACCGGCAGGUAUCGAAAUUAUCCACCAGAGCUUCUUGUGGACAUAAUUGCAAGGAUUUUAGCCUUGGUACCACCAUGGACCCGUGUCUACAGAGUCCAAAGAGAUAUUCCCAUGCCAUUAGUUACUUCUGGUGUUGAGAAAGGAAACCUCCGUGAGCUUGCCCUGGCUCGAAUGGAUGAUUUGGGCUUAAAAUGUCGUGAUGUUCGAACACGUGAGGCUGGAAUUCAGAACAUUCAUCACAAAAUCAAACCAGAGGAAGUAGAGCUUGUGCGACGAGAUUAUGCGGCAAAUGAGGGCUGGGAGACUUUCCUUUCAUAUGAAGAUACAAGACAGGAUAUCCUCGUUGGUUUGCUACGGUUGCGUAAAUGUGGUCGUAAUACUACAUGCGAUGAAUUGAAGAACGUAAGGUGUUCUAUCAUUCGUGAGCUUCAUGUCUAUGGAACUGCAGUUCCAGUGCACGGACGCGAUACUGAUAAGCUGCAGCACCAGGGAUAUGGAACACUUCUGAUGGAAGAAGCAGAGAGGAUAGCUGGGAGGGAGCAUAGGUCGGCUAAACUUGCGGUAAUUUCUGGUGUUGGCACUCGCCAUUAUUACAGGAAACUUGGUUAUGAGCUUGAAGGCCCUUACAUGGUUAAAUAUUUGGGACUUUGAUUGACUUCAUAUUUCUCCCACUUUUUGUACCGGCAGUGUACAUUAUUUAAUCUGUACCUUUAUAUUUAUUCGAUUUUUUUUUUUCUUUUAGGUGCAGUUUGUAAAAUGUUUUCUACAUAUAUCCUUCUAAUUUUAUGUGAAUGUUCCAGUACCGUUAUAUCAGUAUUU